AUGUCGCAAUUGAUGCGUGCAGUUCGGUCUUUGCAUUACUCAGGUGCAGUACGCCAAGCGGCGGGCAGUGCUGGGAGGAUUACUGCGGAGGCUGCGGAAACUGCAGAGUUGGCCAACUAUAGACGGUACUAUGGGGAGCUACGGGAUGCAAUCAGUAAACCGCAGGAGGAGAUACUGAGGAGGAGUCCAGAGUUGAAUACGUUGCACAGGCGGCUUUCGCUUCCUGAGGAAUUUGGGUUUUCUACGCUGUCUAGAUGUUUGACUUGUCGUUCGUCGAAGCUGCCGGAGGACAAGACUGGUUUACAGUUCAGUACUGUUCCGGUGCAGGGGAGUCAUAUGUGUGAUAACCAUGGUUUGAAUAUAUUUGGAAAGAAUAUUCUAAGUCACUACGUGACGCGGAGGCUAAUAGAGAAGAUGCCGAGGUUGCCGACGCCUGUGUUGAAUGCUGCGGUAGAUGCAUACAUUGGGGAGCCUGUUCUUGCGCAUAUUGGGAAGAGUUGGGGGAUUGAGUUUGAGAGGAGUACUAUAAUGGAUAGGUAUUUGAGUCAGGAGCCGUUGUAUUUGACGUUGGGCAAGUUGCGUUUCUACAAUAAUACGAUGAAGGAGACGGACGGGAUACAGGUGAUCUUGAAAGAAAACAAGUCGCCAGAUUCUGCGAUGGCGUUAGCUGUCAGAAGUAUCAUUGGUGGACUCUGGGCUAGUACUCAGGAUUUCCAGACUGUGUACAAGUUCAUAGAGGAUCAUAUUCUGUCCAGGAAACUGGAUCCUACAAGGUUAUUUCAGUUUGAACAACCUACAAGAGAGCUAGCAACAUUGUGUCGCCGCGAGGGGCUAGCUAGGCCUAUAUCGAAGCUUCUUGCAGAAUCUGGUAGGCUAUCUAAGGCUCCAGUUUUCAUUGUAGGAGUAUUUUCAGGAGAGGAGAAGCUUGGAGAGGGGUUCGGUUCUUCGCUGAAGGAAGCUAAAGCCAGAGCUGCUACUGAUGCCUUAAUGAAGUGGUAUUGUUACGAAGUUUCUGAACAACAGCAGGGUACAGUGGUAGAUCCUGGCCAAGUUAUCGUGUAG